AUGCCUAAUGACACUACAGUAACUGGAUUCAUCCUUAAGGGUUUCUCUGACACAGGAGUGUUCUUCCUAAUGAUCUACAUCACAGCCCUAGCCAGUAACCUGAUCAUCAUCACUCUCAUCAUCAUUGACCUGCAGCUUCAAACCCCCAUGUACAUCUUCUUGAAGAAUUUGUCCUUGUUGGAUAUCUUUUUUGUGUCAGUUCCUAUCCCAAAUUUCUUUAUCAAUAGCCUAACUCACAACAACUCCAUUUCCAUGCUUGGUUGUGCAGUUCAGGUAUUUUUAAUGACUUGUUUUUCAGGAGGGGAAUUAUUUGUCCUGACUGCCAUGUCCUAUGACCGCUAUGUUGCCAUUUGCAGUCCCCUGCACUAUGAUGCCAUCAUGAAUAGUGGUACCUGUGUGCUGAUGGUGAGUGUUUCCUGGGCUACUGGAGUACUCUUUGGAGCCAUAUACACAGCUGGCACAUUUUCCAUGUCUUUCUGUGGCUCCAAUGUGAUCCCACAGUUUUUCUGUGCUGUUUCCUCAUUGCUAAGAAUUUCAUGUUCCAAGAUUCUUUUGUUCAUUUAUACAUGUCUUGGAACUGGUGUGUGUGUAGCCCUGUCUUGCUUUAUAUGUGUAGUGAUCUCUUACUUUUACAUAUUCUACACUGUGUUCAUGAUUCCUACCACUAAGGGUCAGUCCAAAGCACUUGCCACAUGCAUCCCCCACCUCACUGUUUUCACUGUUUUUGUUGUUACUGCUUGCUUUGUCUAUCUGAAGCCACCUGCAAAUGUAAAAUCAAUUACAGAUAGUCUUUUUUCUCUUCUAUACACUGUGCUACCUCCAGUUCUUAAUCCUUUGAUCUACAGCCUGAGAAACACCGAUGUCAAGUGUGCUCUUAGGAGGUUGAAGCAAAAUCUCUGUCUAAGGGGUUCACUUCAUUGA